AUGGUUAGGCAUCCCAAAAAGAAUUUCGGCGCGCCAACUGCCGCGCCCGGGGCCCGCGAAAAAGAACUGCUCCGCCUAUGCAUGGAGCGCUCGUCUGCCACGCUCCGCCUGGUGGACUGGCUGGCGAACCGCGGCGCACACGUGCACCCAGAGCUCGAGCUCUUUGGCGAGCACCCGAGCAGAGGGCGUGGCGUCUUUGCGCUUGCGCCGAUCCGCAAAGGAGAGCUCCUGCUGCGGGUUCCGCGCUCGGCCGUGGUGUGCGCCUGUGAGGAGUCGGACUCCUGGUCGAGGUGGCUGCCCGCAGAGGCGCGCGCCAUGUCGCCGAUGGUGCGCACUGCGCUGGUGCUCAUGCGAGAGGAGGCGCUCGGCGACGCCUCCUCGUGGGCGCCGUACCUCUCUCUGCUGCCCCGCUCGUACGACACGCUCGAGAACUGGUCGCCGGUGGAGAUCGAGCGGCUGCGCGGCACCGCCGUCUACGACCACCUCGCCGGGCUGCGCGACGCGUCGGGCGACCUCGUCGGCGCGGCGCGGCUGGUGUACGAUAAGCAGAUUGGGCGCGUCGUGCGCGAGCACCCAGACCUGUGGCCGGACCCGUCGCUCGGCGCCUUCUUGCGCGCGUGCGCCGCCGCGAUCGAUAUGCUCAACCACGCGAGGGCUGGAACCGCCACGGCGCUGCUCGUCGAACGGCCGCCUCCGGGUGUGGUGGGUGUGGUGGCGCUCGACGAUGCGCAGCUGCUGCUCUGCUACGGGUUCGUGUCCUCUCCUCGCGACGCGCCGCUGCCCGCCUCGGUCCGGCUGCCGCUCCGUCUCCUCCUCGGCGCGGCGGCCGCGACGCGCGACGGGGCGGGGUGGGAGGUCGGCGCCGCGUGGGAGGCGAAGGCGGCGGCGUGCGGCCGGCUGCUCGAGCCGUACGGCGGCGAGGUGAGCGUGUCCGAGGCGGAGCCGCUGCCAGACGCGCUGCUGACAGUCGUGCAGCUGAUGCUGCUGCCCGCCGACGAGUUUGCCGAGCUGCUGAGAGGCAGAUCUGCUUUCUGCUGCCCCUGCGAAGCGGCCGCGGACUCAGUAGCAUCGAAUUGCGUGUCGUAG